AUGUCCAAUAGUGAGAGGCAACCACUAUUAGAGGAGAGUCAGCAACAUGUCUUCCACAUAUCCCAAGCGGAUAUACCUGUAUAUCCCGACAGUCUCCCAGGUGAGACUCAUGGCAAAAACCUCAGCUGGUCAUCAGCGUACAUUUUGGUCAUAUCAAGGGUGAUCGGUAGUGGCAUUUUCGCUACCCCGGGUUCGAUUGUUCGAUCGGCGGGGAGUGUGGGGCUCACACUUCUAGUUUGGCUUGUCGGAACCAUUCUAUCUGCAUGUGGAUUAUCAGUAUCCAUGGAGUUUGGCUCCAUGCUACCGCGAUCGGGAGGCGAUAAGGUAUACUUGGAAUACACCUAUCGUCACCCGCGAUUUCUUGCAUCUACACUCGUUGCUUUCCAUGCGGUCGUGCUUGGAUUCACGGCCAGCAACUGCAUUAUUUUCGCAAAGUAUACAUUAUUCGCGUUGAACAUUCAGCCAACCGACUUCCAAUACAAGACUUUGGCAAUAGGCCUCUUGACUGCGGUCACAAUCAUUCAUGGCUUUUUCUUAAAGGCAGGCAUUUUUGUUCAAAAUGCGCUUGGCUGGGUCAAGAUAUUCUUAAUCGGAACUAUGUUUCUAACUGGAAUCUGGGUUCUCUUGCUCCAGUUCUUUGGGGGUGCUAUUGACACCUUUCCUGGAGCUGAGCAUAUGACUUCGUUGUCUUGGGACUCAUUAUGGGAGGGAUCAAACUGGAGCUGGAGUCUGUUAUCCACCGCCAUGUUUAAAGUGAUAUACUCAUAUUCAGGCCUGAGUAAUAUCAACAAUGUCCUGAACGAGGUUCGAGAUCCCAUUAAAACGAUCAGGACAGUUCCAACUGCAGCUUUCUACACAGCUGGAGCUCUCUAUCUUCUCGCAAAUCUCUCAUAUUUACUGGUCCUCCCUUUGAGUGAGAUCAAAGAAAGUGGAGAGUUAGUAGGUGCGUUACUAUUCGAGCAGUUAUUUGGUAGCACAAUCGGAAGCACUCUCUUUCCACUCGUGAUUGGAAUUUCAGCCGCUGGAAACGUCAUGGUGGUAACAUUUGCAUUGGCGAGAAUUAAUCAAGAAAUAGCCCGACAGGGUUUCUUACCAUGGCAAAAUUUACUAUCCUCCUCUCGUCCUUUCGGUACCCCUCUAGGCGGACUUAUCGUGCACUAUGUGCCAUCCCUUCUAGUUAUCGCUCUCCCGCCACAAGAAGAUGUCUAUAACUUUAUCCUUGAUGUUGAAGGAUACCCCGGCAACAUCUUUACACUUGCUGUGACUAUUGGGCUACUGAUAUUGCGAUAUAAAGAGCCUAAUCUACCACGUCCUUUCAAGGCUUGGCUUCCUGCUGUUUGGCUUAGAGCUUUUGUUUGCGUUGUCCUGGUAAUUACGCCUUUUAUUCCGCCACAGGGUGGGCAGGGAGACGUCCACUUCUUUUAUGCCACCUACGCCAUCGUCGGAAUUUGCAUAAUUUUAUUUGCUGUUCUAUAUUGGUAUAUAUGGACAGUUUUCUUGCCUCGUCGUGGCGGCUACAAAUUAGAAGAAGUCACUGAGGCCCUGGAUGAUGGCACCCCGGUUAUUCGACUGGUUCGCUCAUACUUUUCGCGCUGA